GAGAAAACCAGAGCACCCAGAGAAAGUCCACAGGGCCACAAGGAGAACGUACAAACUCCAUGUGGACAGCACCCAUAAUCGGGAUCAAAGCCAGGUCUCUGGCGCUGUAAGGCAGCAGUUCUACCACUGCGUUGCCCUCAUUUGACAAGGCCUCUCAGCUCAUAGUGAGGGAUACAAGCUGAUUGGAGUGAAGUGCUUUUAUGGGAACUGACAUUUUUGUGGCAACUUAUUCAGGUGAUGUGCCAGCGCAAGGAAGCAAAGGUUUUUAAUCUUUCUUUUGGAACCACAGACCACAAGGACAUUCAAGAUCAUGAGUACAAAAGCUGCAUUUCCUGUGAUAAUUGGAGUCUGGCAGGAUUCCCGAGGGGGCUGAAACUGACUCACUGACUGCUUUCUGCUUUGGGGCGGCUCUGAUUGGUACUCUCACAACAGCGAGGUCUAGGUCUGCCUCUCAAAAGCAGUCUCCUGCAGUCCUAGAGCAAGCUUUUGGUGUGCACACUGGAUGCCUGGCAUAUUUUCUGUGUACUUCAAUGGAACUAAAUUACGAAUCCGAAGCAAAGUAUCGUGAAUCUGUGGGAUUUCAGUCAUUAGCAGAUGGCUCUGCUGGAACCAGAGAGGAACAUUGCGUUAGAAAGUAGUUUUAAAUCAGUACUUCAAUUAAGGCUACAGCAGAGACGGACAAGAGAACAGCUGGUGGACCAGGGGAUCAUGCCACCAUUAAAGAGCCCAGCUGCAUUCCAUGAACAAAGGAGGAGUUUGGAACGAGCAAGGACUGAGGACUACCUGAAACACAAAAUACGGAGUAGGCCGGAGAGGUCUGAAUUGGUCAGAAUGCACAUAUUAGAAGAGACCUUGGCAGAGCCUUCACUGCAGGCCACUCAGAUGAAACUAAAGAGGGCCAGGCUGGCAGAUGAUCUAAAUGAAAAAAUAGCUCAAAGACCAGGUCCUAUGGAACUUGUGGAAAAGAACAUUCUCCCUGUGGAUUCCAGUUUAAAGGAAGCAAUUAAAGUAGGACAAGUCCAUUACCCCAAAACAGACACCACCUCAUUUGAUGAUGACAGUAGUGAUGCUUUGUCUCCAGAGCAGCCCGGGAGCCAGGAGUCACAAAGUUCAGCUCCUUCUCCAGUAGAACCCAAAGUGAAUGAGCUGUCGUCAUCUUCAUCCUCCCCUGUACCAAACGCCGUCAUUCAAUACCAUCCACAGCCAAUGCCUGACUUUCUGAAACCAGCUCCUCUAACUGAUCAGCAAAGUAUGCGUUCAAUAAAUACCACUCUCUCUAUAAGUAUAUCUUCCUCAAACAAGACUACUCCAACCCUAGUGAAGCAAAGCCAACCCAAAAGUGCAAAUGAUAAGAAUCGCAGCAAGAAAAACAAGGAUCCAAAACCCAGGGUGAAGCAGCUCAAGUACCACCAAUAUGUCCCACCAGACAAGAAACAUGAGAAAAUUGAACUUCCCAUGGAUACAAACUAUUCCCGUCUCCUGCAACAGCAGCAACUUUUCCUCCAGCUGCAGAUCCUCAGUCAACAACAGCAACAUUACAACUAUCCAGCCAUUCUCCCUGCACCACCAAAGUAUGUAGCACACUCCAGGCCAUCGAAUGAUAACCAGAUAACCAGCCAUAUGUCCACAACCAAUACGCUGACUAACUGCACACAGGCAGUUGCACCAGGCACAUCGUCAAGGCACAACACACCGUGCAGAAAGCUGGGAAUCCUUCCUUCUAAUCUGGAUGAAAUGAAGAUGCCAGAGCUCAAAUUGGAACUGAAACUGCGUGGACUUCCAGUAUCUGGUACAAAAGUCGACCUGAUAGAGAGACUGAAGUCAUACCAGGAUCUAAGUAACACUCCUGUCGCAGCAGCACUAGUAACUGUCUCUAUUUCUCCUAUUCCAAGAAAUCAAACUACUUCAACAUUUCCCAGUGCUGCUCUCAGUAGUGCCACAAUGACCACAGAGGCAGCCAUGACAACAAUGUCAAACAAUAUACAGUUUCAUGAGAAUUCGGUCUCCCCAACUCCCACCUCUCCAGCUCCCUCUGAACAAUCUAAUUUGAGUACCGAUGACAGCAAUCUCACAGAUAUGUUUACUGAACUGGUGACCAUGGUGUCUCCCUCACAGCUUGCAAUCCACACUUCACCUGUGAACAUGGCAGUUAAUGAAGACAACAUAGGGGCGAGCAUAGCCGGAAAUAGUUCUGCUGCGCAAGGAGUUGAUUUAACCAGUGUGGAUACCGAGAAGGACCGCAAACUGCAGGAGAAGGAGAGGCAGAUUGUAAACCUUAUGAGAAAGCUGGAGCACGAACAAAAAUUGGUGGAGGAUUUGAAGAUUCAGUUGGAAAUUGAGAAAAGAUGCCAGCAUCAGCAGCCUGUGACUGUGAAUCAGCAGCAUUUGAACUCUUCAAUCAAGGAAGAAAACACUCUCUCUAAUUAUACUACUUCAAGACAGCCAAUGGCUGUUUCUAGUCCAUCCUUGAGCCCCCCAACCAAUAUCAACAUGGGGGGACACAGUCAGAAUGCUACGAAAGGAAAUACCAUGCUUGUGAAACAAGAAGGGCCGUCGCUGACGACUGAGCAAAAGAACGUGUUCUCCCCGUUUUACGUCAAUUCAGCAAGACAAACGCAGACUGCUGUUAUUGCUCAGGCUCAGCCCCAUGCUUUACUGACCACUCAGACAGGAACUCAGCUGUUGCUUCCAUUGGCGAUCCAAGCACAGAACUCAAACCUCUGCAGCAACUCUCAGCACUUAAAAACAGGAAACGUUAAAUCACAGGCUCCUUCACAAGCACCAGUACCUGUCCCUGUCUCUGCACCUGCACAAGCUUCAGGCUCUCCAAAGCAACCACAAACACAGGAUCCUGUGACCCAACGUACUUUGACCCAGAAUGCACAGAUGAGAAAGGUUUUUAUAUCCACACCACCAUCAAGUGUAUUUCCAAACCACAUUCAAACCACAGCAUCAGUGCAGCAGUGUUUCAUAAACACUUCAGCAGGUAAUGUUCUUCAGCCAAGGACAAGCAGUAUUAAUACACCUAGCAAUGGACUCAGCUCUACACAAAAGUCUGCAUCAUCUACCUCCCCAUCUCGGUCCCAGCAACCAUUUUCAAUCCAUUCCCCGGUCUUUAGUAACGCUGUUUCGAAGACGAAAGAUCCUCCUCGAUAUGAGGAAGCUAUCAAGCAGACUCGCAAUCUAAAACAGCAGGAGGUGUUCACCGCACACAGCCAGCAGAUGGAUGACCUUUUUGAUAUCCUAAUUGAAAGUGGAGAGAUUUCACCAAUUGUCAAGGAAGAAUUGUUCCCUGCUACCAAGAUGAGAGCUGUUGUUGCCAAUAUCUCCUCCUUGCCUGUAAACUCAGCAUUGUCACGUCCGCCACCUCAAAUUCAGAUGCUUCCUCGUCCAUUGUCGAUGGAAUCAACCAAUGAUCUCUCAAUCAGUUCAGAAAAUCAACUGGAGGCCUUUCUGGAUGGUACAAUGUCAUCCAGUGACAAUGUUCCUCAAAUGUCUAUCAACCAGGAGAGCUCAGACACUCUUUCUUUAAUGGAGGAUCUUCAGAAUGACCUACUGAAUACAUCCAGCAUUCUGGAUCAGCACCAUUCUGUGAUAGACCCCUGUGAUAUGCAUUUCUCUGAUGAGAGUUCUUGCCUCAACUUGGAACUCCCGGACAGUAAUUUGGACAAUAUGGACUGGCUGGAUCUGACGAUGCCAGGUUCAAGUACAGGGCUGACUCCUGUUAAUAAUGCUGCUCCUAGUGUGUUUUCCACUGAUUUUCUGGAUGGUCACGAUCUUCAGCUUCAUUGGGAGUGAUGUAACCAGGCUUGCAGUGGUACUCAAGCAAAAAGAGUACGUUUUCUUAGUGUUGUGAGUCAAUCAUCUAGCAAUGGUUAGCACCUAAAGCUAGUAACAAAGAAAGCCAAGAUGAGAUUAUCCAGCCUGGUCCACUUGACUGUUACCAGAGAGAAGAAUGGGUAGUGAAAGAAACAAUACUUCAUGGCAAGCUGACAAUCUGGCCAUAUUAAGACUUCUUAUUUUUAUGUCACAUUUAAUCUGGUGUCAGUGGUGAAUUGUUACUGUUCUAUUGAAAUUGGAAAGAAUUUCUUCUUCAUGCAAGUGAGCUUUUCUGUGGCUGGCCUGAGCCAAAUUGCAUGAUAUUGUGGAGUUCAUUACACUGGCUGGUUCAGUGAAUUCUUAUCAGCCUGAUGAAGCACUUCAUUAUUUUAAAGCCAGAAAUGUUUUUUGAACCAAUUAUUAAUCUUUUCCAAAUUUGUACAUUUUGUGUCAAUGCUCUUUCUGUAAUAUUUUCAUCAUUUUAUUACAUCAAGCAGAUAUGAUUGUCUAGGGCCAGGGUAUAACAACCAUAAUGAACAGGGAGACUAAAACGAUGGCAUCUUGAGAGGUUAGGCAUAGGUGUUUUGGUCAAUACUAAUCCUGCGGGUUUCCUUUGUCAGAGGCCCUUCUGUUUUAAUUCAAGCAGAUUCUUCGUGACAUUUAAGAAUCUGUUCAUUUCGAACUCAUCAAUAAGGUUGCAGUUUGUUUUCGACAAAAUUAUCGAUGAAUUUUAAUUUCCAAGCAAUUUCAUCCGUACACAAAAGUGCUUGACCCUCUGUAACAUUUAAACAACAUUAAAGAUAAAAUGAUCAAUUUGAAUUAUUUCAAUGCCAAACACUUUCCCACUUUUUCUAAAGUUUGGGUGGAAUGAUGCAAGUAGAAUGAUUCAGUAAUAUUCAAGUGCUUGAUUUGUAAUGUUCCACACACGCUGACCUUGCUGUCUUAUAGGAGGCAGCACUGGACAAAACAAUCAUGAAUAUAUUAGUGCUAACCUAAUACAUGGUUUCAUAUUUACCAAAUGUCCCCAUGGUAGUUAAAUAUUUAACUUUUAAAGAUCCAUCGUCUUGAAAAUAAAACUGGGAGAGCCUUGUAUUUAUAUAGGAAUGAGGGAUUAAAACAGGUAAUGUUAUAGACGUAUGAGGCUCUGCUCUGCUUGCUUCCCAGAACAACAGGAUUUGCCAAACACUUGAUGAAGGAAAAAAAUUAUAAUGUUGAAUGCAAUGUGAUAUUUUGAAAUGUGUGUCCUUCCAAAGGAAUUGAUAGUCACUAAUUAGCCAAAGGGUUUAUAAGUAGAGGUACAGAUUUUAUAAAUCAGAGAAAAUACUGCAGUUUUUAAAGCUAAAGCAGGAUGAGCAAUUUUGAGAAGGAAAUUGUAUUUUCUAUAUUUUAGUGGAUUAAAUUAUAGUGUAAAGGAGGUGAAUUUAUAAUUUUAAAAUCAUUGCCUUUACCAAGAGAAAUAUCUAUCGUGCCCGUCAAAAACAACCUUCGAAUAGUUUAACGCAUUGAUUUAUGUCAUGCUGUUCUAAUCAUGCCUUUGAUAUUGAUUUGUAUCAAAUGGUUAAAUAUUGGGGAAUGUGGGAUUGUUUUGACCUGCAUUGUGGUGCAACAGACAGUUUAAAAAGUCAUUUAGAGUUUGAAUGUACUUGUUGUUUGAAGUACUUUGUCAUCAUGAUUCCCACAGUUCUGCUUGUAUUGGUAUUAUCUUCACAUGGGAUUAUUGAUUAGGCCCAUUGUUUGGAUUUACAACUAGAUUAACAACAUAUUAAACUAAAAGCACAGAACCAAUUGAAAGCCAAAAAUGUAAAUGCCAUAGAAUGUCUUCCCAAAGCAACACUAAUGAUAUGAUUAUUUUUGCACACCAUUGAAAUUUGAGAUCAGUAAUGUGAUAAAUGUUGCAGUUCCAGAAAAAUGAACCAUUCUUAAACUGGACUCUGAUGUGUUGCCAUAGCUACAAAGGCACUUCUAUAUUCACCUUGCAUCUUUUGUUGUGCUUUGUGCUUGGUAAUGUUACCCCACACUCUGCCUGUUCCAGUCACACUUACACUUGACCUCUGUCAAACCUGCUCCCAUGCCACUGCCAAUGUUGCACUUAACCAGCCAUUUGAAAAUAGAAGUUUAGGUCAUUGAAUCUGACAGAUUCCUUGCCAAUAUAAAAAUAGCACCAAUCUGAUGUUUGCAAUCUUGUAAUAAUGAUAUAACCUAUAUUUGGGAUUAGUGUUCAAGAUCCAGACUGAUGUUGGAUCGCAGGAUAAUGGUUUGAAACACCAAUAUGCUUUGUCAAUGCACUAUCACACAUACUUAAUAGAAGUUUCAUUAGUAAGAGCAUAAUCUAAAUCAGCCAAAGAAUAUUAAACAGAAUGGGAGGGCAAAUUAUGAAUAGACACCAUGUUUGAAGGGGCGAUUGAAUAUGCUAAUGAGAAAUAAUCCCUUAAAAUGCAAAAAACCCUGCAGUUUAGAUUUGAAAGAAAUAUGAGGGGUUGGUAUAUUUUUGUGACAAAGUAUAUUUUCAAAGUAGCGAUGGAUUAAUUCCUUAAAUGCAGUUUCAUUGUAAAGACAAUGCAAGAUAGUUUAUCAUUUAUGAAUUCCUCACAAUGAUUGUAGUCCUAAAUCAGGCCAAUGUCCAAAUAUUUGAGAUAAAUGAUGCAGGACUGCGAUUGGGCAAUGUUAUGCGCCAUUUUAUCCAAUCAUGAAUUCAAAAAGCAACUGGGUGAAAUUCCAAUCGUUAAAUAUCAUGGACAUGUUAGUUUCUCCUGUGCAGGAAGGAACUGCAGAUGCUGGUUUAAACCCAAGAUAGACAAAAAAGCUGGAGUAACUCAGCAGGUCAGACAACAUUACUAGACAGAAGGAAUAGGUGACGUUUUGGGUCUAGACCCUUCUACAGUCAGGGGAAAGAAAAACCUUUCCCCGGACUCUGUCUGAAGAAGGGUCUUGACCCAAAACACUACCCAUCCCUUCUCUCUAGAAAUGCUACCUGACCUGCUAACUUAUUCCAGGAUUUUUGUGUCUAUCUUCUGUUAGUUUCCCCUGUUUAUUCAUGCCGAAAUAAAAGAUUGUCACUUUAAUCUCAGAUUAUGGAC